UGAUGAACCAAUACUGAGCUGGUGUCUGAAGGAGAAGUUGGUUGGGUAGAGUUGGACUGAAUUAACUGCCCCCUAAAUUGGGACCAAGGACUUGCUGCUCCAGGUCUUAACAGUGGGCUCAGCUGGGCAUAUGCAGCUCUCUCUCACUGCACUGCACUGUGCUCAGACCCCAUCUGAAGGCAGGCUUUAACCACUGGUAGCCAUAUGGCUCGUUGCAGACAGCAGCAGCAGCAGCAGCAGUAGUAGUGGUGUUUGGUAUCAGGGCUCUUUUUUCUGUUGCUUGUAUUUCAAGGACUUUCCUCAUACUCUCAAGCCAGGCAUUUGCUGACUAUUGCAGCCUGAUCCAGCUGGAUAAUACAGUAGAGCAGAGAAACCCGAUGCGGCCUUCAGGCCAAAAAGUUUGCCUGCCCCUGUAGUAGAGCCUCAGAAUUAUGAACUGACCAGUCAACCAUACGUCCCAUUUGGAACCAAAAGUAUACAAUCAGGCAACAUGGGGAGAGGCGGAAGCAAAUACAGUACAGUACUGCGUUAAAUGUAAACGACUAAAAAAGUAAAGGGAAAGUUUUGAAAAAUUUGAUUUGGCAAGAUUUUUGCAGAAUGGAGGGGAAUCAAGUGGAAAAAAUGGUGCUAACAAAAGAUGGGAGAAAAACUGCUGUGGAUAAGGAGUGUGAUGGGGAAGAAAAUAAGCCAGUGGAAAGCAAGGUUUAUAUGGAUUACAAUGCAACCACUCCAAUGGCACCAGAAGUGAUCCAAACUGUAACAAAGGCCAUGCAUGAGGCCUGGGGUAAUCCCAGCAGUUCUUACACAGCAGGUAGAAAGGCCAAGGAGAUCAUAAAUGAAGCUCGGGAGAGCCUCGCCCAGAUGGUGGGAGGAAGGCCCCAGGACAUCAUUUUCACCUCAGGGGGCACAGAGGCAAAUAAUUUAGUUAUCCACACAGCACUGAGGCAUUUUAGAGAGAGUCAGCUGCUGGGACAGGAUGGGCCUGGUGAGGAUCUCAAAAGGGCAGCUGGGGCCACUCCUCAUUUCAUUACAUCUAAUGUGGAACAUGACUCAGUCCGUUUGCCAUUGGAACACCUUGUGAAAGAGCACAUGGCAGAAGCCACCUUUGUCCCAGUGUCCAAGAUGACUGGACAAGUGGAAGUUGAUGAUACCAUUGCAGCAAUCCGUCCAACCACGUGCCUAGUUUCCAUUAUGCUGGCCAAUAACGAGACUGGGGUAAUCAUGCCCAUUUCAGAGCUCAGCCAGCGGAUUCAGAUCCUGAAUCAGAACAGAAUGGCGUCAGGGCUGCCCAGGAUUUUGAUGCACACAGAUGCGGCCCAGAUGAUAGGGAAGGGGCGAGUGGAUGGACAGGAUCUGGGAGUGGAUUACCUCACCAUUGUGGGACACAAGUUCUAUGCCCCCCGGAUUGGAGCACUGUAUGUGCGAGGGCCUGGGGUCACCACUCCUCUGCAUCCCAUGCUGUUUGGAGGGGGACAGGAGCGGAAUUUCCGUCCUGGGACAGAGAAUACGCCAAUGAUCGCUGGCCUUGGCAAGGCCGCUGAGCUGGUGAACAAGAACUGCGAGGAUUAUGAGGCUCACAUGAGGGAGGUUCGGGAUUACCUGGAGGAGAGGCUAGAAGUUUCGUUUGGAAAGCAGAGGCUCCACCUUAACAGUCAAUUUCCAGGCGCCAAGCGGCUCUGCAACACUUGUAACUUUUCUGUUUUGGGGCCAGGGCUGCAAGGGCGGAUGGUGCUAUCCCACUGCAAGACUCUACUCGCAAGUGUUGGUGCUGCAUGCCACUCUGAGAAGGGUGACCAGCCCUCCUCUGUACUGCUCAGCUGUGGGAUUCCCUAUGAAGUGGCUCAGAAUGCCCUGCGGCUCAGUGUGGGGCGGGACACCACCAAGGAGGAUGUGGACGCGAUAGUGGAAGACCUGAAGCAGGCUGUGGCUCAGCUGGAACAGAACAGAGUCACUGAGAGACAAGGGAUCAGGAGAGGGAACUGAGAGGGGAGAUCUCUUUGAAAGAAACAGAUUCCUUGGGCGUGAUUCUCCCCUGCCCUGUACCUGAUGUAUCAUUUAUUGGGUGUGACAAGCUGUCCAGUCAGAACAGUAAUGUUUUACACCUGCCUUGCCUUGGUGUAAAUGACUGCAGAAGGUGCAGGGCAACAGACUGUCCAGUUUUGGGCCCCACACUAGAAGAAGGAUGUGGAAAAAUUGGAAAGAGUCCGGCGGAGGGCAACAAAAAUUAUUAGGGGGCUGGAGCACAUGUCUUAUGAGGAGAGGCUGAUGGAACUGGGAUUGUUUAGUCUGCAGAAGAGAAGAAUGAGGGGGGAUUUGAUAAUUGCUUUUAACUACCUGAAAUAAGGUUCCCAAGAGGAUGGCUCUAGACUGUUCUCAGUCCUACCAGAUGACAGAACCAGGAGUAAUGGUCUCAAGUUGCAGUGGGGGAGGUUUAGGUUGGAUGUUAGGAAAAACUUUUUCACUAGGAGGUGAUGGAAUCUCCUUCCUUAGAGGUUUUCAAGGUCAGGUUUGACAAAGCCCUGGCUGGGAUGAUUUAGUUGGGGAUUGGUCCUGCUUUGAGCAGGGGGUUGGACUAGAUUACCUCCUAAGGUCCCUUACAACCCUGAUAUUCUAUGAAUGAAGCAUUUACCGAGUGACUACAGAUUAGAUCUGAGCAUCCUGAUAACAUUUAUCCUCCUGGGCCAAUAACAUUACUGAUGUCCUGUUUUAAUUACUAUGAUUUUAUAACCUUGUGACAGAAAUCAUAGAAACUUUGUGAAACUGUGCACUAUGUUUAAAAAGCAGCCCCCAUUCCUAAGGCUGCUCCUUGCUGCUGUGGAGUUCUGUGUCAAAUACUACAGGGCCAUAGUUGCAUUCUGGGUGCCUGAUUUUGCUGCUAUUGAAAUCAGUGGCCAAAUCUCCAUUGACUUCAUUUGAACAGGAUUGGGGUCAGGAAGGAGCUGGUGAUCUUUCCUCUGAGGGAGCUGUAAGGAAAGGUAAAUGUAAAUGCUAGUAAGUGCCAAGUGCCCCUUGCCAUUUGAAGGCCUGAGCCUAUAACUACAGUUGCUGGAUUUUUUUUUUCAGGUCACCUUUAAGAGCAGAAUGUAGCUAUAAAUAUCUGCUUAUGUUUUUUUUAAAAUGGCCUCUUGUGGUACCACCGUCUUGAGUUCUCUACCUUGAACCAUAGGUUUUAUGAAAUUUGAAUUAAUUUCACACUAGUGACAUGUAAUUAAUCCAAAACAUGGCUACUAAAAGUGC